CUGUGCCGGGACAUGGCUGCCGCCGGUGCCGGCUCCUUGAGCUGAGCGUCGGCCGCCGAGAGCCAACCGCUGCCCUGAGGCGUCCGCGCGGGCGGGCCGAGGCGCCGGCGGGCCGGCGAGCAGCCGCGGCCGCUGCGGAGGACGAGGAGGCCACAGGAGGAGGCCAGAGCGGCCGCCGCGGCCCGGCACAUGGCGUCCAUCUUACUGAGGAGCUGCCGCGGCCGGGGGCCCACCCGCCUGCCGCCGCCCCGCGCCGCCGCCCCGAGGGGUAGUCCUGGAGAGCCCAUUUGUCUCAGUUGUGCUAACGCGGUGGGGCUGAUAAGCCACUUGAAUGUUUCGUUUCGCUGCUGCACUCCCACCCACCCCGUGUACCUGGCCUUCAGAGCCGAUCCCCGUGGCUGCUGGACUGCGAGGCCCGAGCGUGUAUGCUCUGCGGCCCGACCGCCAUGGGCCCCCAUCCCCGCCGGCCUGGUCGCCACAGGGCCGCGAUUCCUUCCCACGCGCUGCUGGCACUCGUCGCCCCCGCUGGGCGACGACUCUGUGGUGGAGAAGUCCCUCAAGUCCUUGAAGGACAAGAACAAGAAGCUGGAGGAGGGAGGCCCCGUGUACAGCCCCCCGCCGGAGGUGACCGUGAAGAAGUCCCUGGGGCAAAGGGUCCUGGAUGAGCUGAGGCACUACUACCAUGGCUUCCGCCUGCUCUGGAUUGACACCAAGAUCGCGGCCCGCAUGCUCUGGCGGGUCCUCCACGGCCACAGCCUGACCCGCAGGGAACGCAGGCAGUUUCUCCGGAUAUGCGCUGACCUCUUCCGCCUGGUCCCCUUCCUGGUCUUUGUGGUCGUGCCGUUCAUGGAGUUCCUGCUCCCUGUCGCCGUGAAGCUCUUCCCCAACAUGUUGCCGUCCACGUUCGAGACCCAGUCCAUCAAGGAGGAGAGGCUGAAGAAGGAGCUGCGGGUCAAGCUGGAGCUGGCCAAGUUCCUCCAGGACACCAUCGAGGAGAUGGCCCUGAAGAACAAGGCAGCUAAGGGGAAUGCCACCAAAGACUUCUCCGUGUUUUUCCAGAAGAUCCGAGAGACUGGCGAGAGGCCCAGCAAUGAGGAGAUCCUGCGCUUCUCCAAGUUGUUUGAGGACGAGCUGACCCUGGACAACCUGACGCGGCCUCAGCUGGUGGCUCUGUGCAAGCUGCUGGAGCUGCAGUCCAUCGGCACCAACAACUUCCUGCGCUUCCAGCUCACCAUGCGGCUGCGCUCCAUCAAGGCCGACGACAAGCUGAUCGCCGAGGAAGGGGUGGACAGCCUGAACGUCAAGGAGUUGCAGUCGGCGUGCCGGGCACGAGGCAUGCGGGCCCUCGGGGUCACGGAGGAUCGUCUGAGGGAGCAGCUGAAGCAGUGGCUGGAGCUGCACCUGCAUCAGGAGAUCCCCACGUCCCUGCUCAUCCUGUCCCGGGCCAUGUACCUCCCAGACACCCUCUCGCCCGCCGACCAGCUCAAGACCACGCUGCAGACACUCCCGGAGAUCGUGGCGAAGGAGGCGCAGGUGAAGGCGGCCGAGGUGGAGGGCGAGCAGGUGGACAACAAGGCAAAGCUGGAGGCCACGCUGCGGGAGGAGGCGGCCAUCCAGCAGGAGCUCCAGGAGAAGGAGCUGCGCCGGCGCUCGGGGGCGGCGAAGGAAGCGGAGCUGGAGGUGACCGCAGAGACUGCCCCCGGGAGGCCAGUGGCCGAGCUGCAGCCGGAAGUGUCCGAGGCGACCCUGCCGUCCGAGGCCCUGAAGGACCCCGCCCCCAUCCUGGAAGCCUCGAAGGAAGAGGAAAUCACGAAGGAGGAGAUUGACAUAAUCAGCAACGCCUGCUCGAAGCUGAAGGAGCAGAAGUCGUCCCUGACCAAGGAGAAGGAGGAGCUGGAGAUGCUGAAGGAGGACGUCCAGGACUACAGCCAGGACCUGCAAGAGAUCAAGAAGGAACUUUCAAAGACGGGCAAAGAGAUCUAUGUGGAAGAGUCUAAAGCCAGCAAGAGGCUGACGAAGAGGGUGCAGCAGAUGAUCGGGCAGAUAGAUAGCCUGCUGGCACAGCUGGAGACAGACCAGAAGGCCGGCAAGCUGGGCGCGGCCGCCGAGGGCCCGCCUGCGGGGGAGACCGUCAUCAGCACCGCCGAGCUCAUCAGUGCCAUGAAGCAGAUCAAGCACAUUCCGGAGAACAAGCUCAUCAGCUUGGUCUCGGCGCUGGAUGAGAAUAAGGAUGGCAAGGUCAACAUCGACGAUCUCGCCAAGGUGAUCGACCUGGUGGACAAAGAAGACAUUCAGAUCUCCACCAGCCAGAUGGCCGAGAUUGUCGCCAUGUUGGAAAAGGAGGGGAAGGUGGAGGAGAAGGAGAAGGCCAAGGAGAAGGCGGAGAAGGAGGCGGAGAAGGAGGCUGCUGAGGUGAAGAAUUAGGGGCCGCCCUGCUCGCGGGCACCCUGGGGCCCUUGCCGUGUCUGCCUCCCUCCCGGUGCGCCGGCUGCCGCGGUGCUGCUGUGCCAGUGAUGGCUUUGAGGUGAUUCGUAGUGACAGAUCUAAUAUUUUAUCUGGAAUAAAUCAGAAACUUCCAUAAUCAAGUAAUUUUUAAUUUUCAUCAUUCCAUGAAGAUUCAUUCAGUCUGGAGUCCCCGCCUCCAGGGGCUCAUGUCUGGACUCACAGCGGCGGCCCCGGCCCCGGUGGCCGGGCAGUCGUGGCCGCACGCGGGCCUCCUGGCUCCCGAGGCGGGCCGGGGCACACUGGGGCACUGUCCCCGGAGGAGAAAGGGCCGGCCGAGUGGACGGGAAGGGGACACACGCAGCCCUCCCCAGUGCUGGAGAAGACGCGUCCGGUAGUCGGUCUGCGCACUGGCUUCCUGACUAUCAGCGUUAAAAGCACCGAUUCGUGCACAUUUCCAACGUCGUCUCUGUAGCGACGGGGAUCCCGUGGCCUCUGGAGAAGCAGUUCCCGGUCAUGUAUGUCAGCUCUUGCCCGAUCUAACCUCUGAUUGUCACCCCGUCCUUCAGCAGUCGGCUAGUACGGGAUUUUUCCGCACGACGGUCUGCCCACCGUGUGAGUGAGAGCUAACGGGAAUCGUGUCGUGAGACGUAUUAAUGAAGCCCUUGAAAAUUAAGCAUUUCCAUUUGAGUAAUUUAUCAGGCUGUUGUGGCUUUUAAAAAGUUUCCCAUUUGGGGCCGUUAGCACCUCAUCGCCCCUGUGGGGGAUCAGAGCAGGUCCCACCGUGUGCCCGGGCCUGUGCUCUGCGUGUGCCCCUCCCCGUAGCCCUGCAGCACAGGGGUCCAUGUUGCUCCCGCCCGCGCACUGCUGCCCCCGGCCCACCCCCGGGACACGCAGGCUGCCGGCUGUGCUCCUGGUCCUGAGGUGGCGUAUCCUGGGGGGCUUCAGAAAGGCAGGACCCCGGUGUGGGUCUGCGUAGCGUGGCCCGGCAUGCCUCUGUGGGGAGUGGGAUGACCUCCGUGGGCUUGGCGCCCGGCCCUGGCGUCUGGUCAUCUCGGCACCUGGCAGCUCGGGGCGGUGGUGCUCGGUGGGGGGUGGCCUGUGGUCUCAGCCCUGAGGCACUGGUCCUUCGGAGGCCACAUCCGUUUCGGGCAAGAACGUUCUUUCAGGGGAAUCUGAGCAUAGGGGUCAGAAGGACGGUAACAGAGCAGCCGGAGCGGCGGAGCCCCCACAAACCCCGGCUUCUACGUUACUUGAAGCUUUUCAUUCAGCCGUUAAAAGAGGAAACUUGACAAAAUAGGAAUAAGAUUAUGUAUCAUCAUAUGUAAACCUUUGUACAGUAGCAGUUGCGUUCUAAAGGGUUUUUACUUCAGUUGUUGGAGACAGAAAUAUAUAUAUUCUAGAUGCUUAAUGAAUAUUUAUGAAUGACCUUACACUCACCUCACUAGCGGGUUUUCAGCCGUAGGAAGCGUGCGCAUGCGCAGGUCUUGGGUCACCCACGUGCCCUGUGGGUGGCAGUGGCCUUUUCUGUGGGCACUGCCUUGGGACCCGGCGAGCCGUGCCCACCUCCCAUCCUCAGCCUCGGCGCUCCUGGCUUCCCCACCGCGUGCUGUCCCUGCGGCGCUCGCGCUGUGCCCCUGACCUGGGUCUCUGCACUGUCACCCCUGGGUGCCACGGGGCCUCUCGAAUGCAUAUGGGCCUGUCCCGCCGCUGGCAGCCUUCAGUGUCGGUGAGUAGGCUGCAGGGCCCCCUGUCGUGUGUGGGCUUUUACCGCUGUAACUUCACUGACCGCCUGGUGCAGGCAGGGGACAGCAGCCCCAGAGACAGAGGCGUGCGCUAAGGGUCAGCCUCCCUGCUCUGUCCAGGGGGGGCUCCCGUAUUUUCAGGACCCGGGGGGAAAGUGGGGUACGGCCACUUGAGAAUGAAACAGGAAUUCCUAGCACUUGCCUCCUCCUUCACUCUGCCUGAACACCCGCUCUUUUAGUUGGGAUUCAGGAAAUUGCAUGUGGCCCCUGGAGCCCUUCUGGAAUGUCAGAAUCCAGACUUUGUAACUGAAGGGCACUUUGUAAUUUUUGAAGAAGCAGCCACAGGCAGUGGCUCUCACAGCGCAGCCUGGGGUCCGCAGGGCCCACGUGUCGUCCUGGGGUCCCAGGGCCGUCCCACUGAGAGCCUCCCUCCUGGGCUGCGUGUAAACAUCUUUUGUAGAAAUAGGGUUUUUAUUAAAACAUGAAAUUACUGCUCCCGUAACAUCUCAAAAGUAAGGUCUUUGAAUCACGUGACACAUCAGAAGUCAAGGUGGCAAAUGUCAGGGUUGUUGCAGCAUCUGCCUCUGUGACAGCUGUGCGCCCCGCGGUCUGGCUCUGCCUCUGCAGCGGAAGGGGUGGCAGGUGGCGGUAUGUGUGGAUGUGCUACGCGAGGCCAGAUUCCAGAUGGAGAGUCCCCUUCCGGCGCUGUGGCCCUGGCCUGGGGUGUCCGCUCGCCUUGUGACGGCGUGCCUCGGGCCCGGGCACCCAGACUGAUCCCCAUGGUGGUGACUAGACGCUGAACUUGAUGUAAGGAGAAGGUUUAAUAAAGCACUGUCUCGAUGA